AUAAGCACGGCGAGUCGGAAGCGAUACGCAUUCUAGACGAUGCGAACUUGGCCUACUGGCCACUGCGAACACGAGUCGAAAGCUCUGGUUGACCCGUCUCACGGUCCAUUCACACUGGAUAUCCACUUCCAGACACACUAUUCGAACUCGUGCCCUUGCAGGCAGAAAAAUAUUCCUCAUGCUUUUCAGCUCAGCGACAGUGAACUGCGCAGUCAAUGGAGAACCGCGUUCCGCACCUCCGAUCUAUACAUGACUGGCACAAAUAGAAUUCCCGACACUCUGUUCGAACUCUUCCCCUUGUUCGCGCGCUUUGCAGGCAGAAACAUCAACACUUUGAUGAUUUGGCAGGUUUGUGUCAUAUAUAUCGAUAGCGCGUGGCACCGUGAGGGGAUUUUUGAUCAUCUUUGCUAUCUUCUACGGGAUCUCGCUUUGGGAUCGGAACACGAGAUGCAAAUAACGGCGCCGGCUGAUGAUAGCGUUGGCGACGAUAACAUAGUUGAUGAUGAGGAGGAUUAUGUGAUGAGUGGGGAUGAGGAUAGCGUGCUCGGUGGGAAGGGAGGAAAGGCAUGGGAGGAGAUGAUGACACGGAUAGGUUGUUGUGGGUACAUAGCGUCCUCUAUUUGGACAUGAGAGCCGCACCCCGGCUUGUGAUCCUUCUGCAUCUGGGGAGAAUGUAUUGUUACGCUCA